GGCGAAAUUCGUGAACUUUUGUACUCCUCUGUGCUGCUGUCGGCAAAGCAAAAAUAAUGAAACUUUGUGAUAUGUUUGUAAAUGAUUUCGAAUGACCCUUCGCCCUGCCCUUCACCAUCAGCUCGACAGUCUCAGUCCAGGGCGGCUCGGUGGCCGCAAACAGCGACAGCCUCAGGGUCUGCGGCGGCGGCGGCGGCGGCAGCAGCAGCAGCAGCAGCAGCAGCAGCAGCGGCGGGAUCGGAAAGCCCAGCGUGGCUGAGGGCCCAGGAAGGUAAACGCUCGAAUUUUGGGAGGACUAGCUGUGGCCACUAACCUGGCUCAGCAAUUGGCGAAGAAUAUCCCUUUUGCCUUUUUCAAAACUCCCUUCCUACCGCUGAGGGCCUUUCCUUCUUUUUGGGAAAUACCACUUGCUAAGGGGGCGGGAGAUUUGGGUUCUAAGAGGGGGCAGGCAAUAAAGCCGCCACCUCUGGGGUGAAAAAAAAAAUUCCCUUCUUUUCUUUUCUUUUUAAAGAAGGUCCUGGUUGCUUGGCUGCUUGGGAGCCCUGAUCCUGGCAGGAGAAUGAGGGGACACAUUGCUGCAAAUUGUCACCGAGCCUACCUGAACCUUGUCUGAAAGCCAGGCUUGGGGAGGUCCUGGUGGCUGUGCUGGAGAGGUCUGGCAGCUGUCUGAGGGUCUGCUCUGGGUAGGACCUGAGUUUGUAACGUUGUCUAUAUAUACCCUGUAGAACCGAAUUUGUGUGGUACCCACAUAGUCACAGAUUCGAUUCUAGGGGAAUAUAUGGUCGAUGCAAAAACUUCACAUGUCUCCGACAUAGCCAGAGACUGAGGCGGAGAGCGGUUGGAGCCGAGCGGGCCAGCCAGCCACCUCUCUCUUUUUCAUUGCCUUGGACUCCAGGAUGCUCUACUUUGCCUGGUGACAUUGUCCAGCCUUUUCCUGGAGAAACCCCUACCUUUAUCGAGCGGGAGCUUAAGAGGUUGCCUGAGUGGGUAAGGCCAAAGGCCCCGGUUUUAGGUUGCUGGGGAGUGAGGCAAGGACCAGCAAGCGCCAGCAGCAACAGCAGGAACUGCAGAGGUACCCAAAUGGGGCUCACCUAGUUUUAAAGGCCCUUGUGUGGGGAGAAGACACACUGGAAAGAAGGCCACUGGCCACUGAGGGGGGAACGUUUAGGCAAGGUUAAGGUCUCCUCACCACCAUCCCAACCUGACCCAGCCCUCAGCGCCCAGACUCAGAACUGCGAGGGCCUCCUGCCAUAUCAGCGAGCUCCAACUUCAACUAGAAACACCCCAGCACGGACACUGGCAGAAAAGCACAGUGGUUACUCAUUGCCUAACUCAAUUCAGGUCCGCCACAUUCUGGUAACUUUUGGGUGACCCUGAUGAAGACAAAGCCAUGACAGGUCUUUGUAUGUCAGAGUCCAGGACUCCCGCCAGUUGGCCCGGGCAGGCUGCCCGCCUAGGACACACUCCCCAAUUCAGAGGCCACAUUGCCCACACUCGUUCUCCCUUAAUUUGCACCCCAAAUAGGAGACUUCACUCUUCCUUAAACUGUGCCCACUUUGGGGGCUGCUUCAGGCGGUGAUGAGUGAGGAGGGCAUGGGAGGUUAGCAAAGUCAAUGGAAGACAAAAGCCGCGAUUACCUGCCGCAAAUAGGGGUGGUGUGGACAGACUCAGAACUGUGUUAACAUCUGUCAGGGACUCUCAAACGUGGCACGGCAAGUCACUUGAUUACACAUAUGUUAUUUAGUUAAAUUUGUGAAAAUUAUGAGAUGCUCACCAACCCGGUGAUAAACUCACUCCCUUCCUAUUGGCUGGCCUGGUCACGUGGCCGCCCAACUUUAUUCAGUUGACAGCAAGUAGGAGGGCCCAAUGGAAGGAGAAAAAAAGACAACACGAGAAAAAUUAGUAUUUUCUACCUUCUGAAAUUAAUGGCCAUGAGUUCGUAUAUGGUGAACUCUAAGUACGUGGACCCCAAGUUUCCUCCGUGCGAGGAAUAUUUGCAGGGUGGCUACCUAGGCGAGCAGGGAGCCGAUUACUACGGCAGCGGCGCGCAGGGCUCCGACUUCCAGCCCUCGGGGCUCUACCCACGGCCCGACUUCGGCGAGCAACCCUUCGGAGGCGGUGGGCCCGGGCCUGGCUCCGCGCUGCCCGCGCGGGGUCACGGACAGGAGCCGAGCGGCCCGGGAAGUCACUACGGGGCCCCGGGAGAGCCUUGCCCAGCGCCCCCGCCUGCGCCCCUGCCGGGAGCUCGGGCCUGCAGCCAGCCCACCGGCCCCAAGCAGCCGCCCCCCGGGACAGCGCUCAAGCAGCCUGCUGUGGUCUACCCCUGGAUGAAGAAGGUGCACGUGAAUUCGGUGAACCCCAACUACACCGGCGGGGAGCCCAAGCGUUCCCGGACGGCCUACACCAGACAGCAAGUCCUAGAACUGGAAAAGGAAUUUCAUUUUAACAGGUAUCUGACCAGACGCCGACGGAUUGAAAUCGCUCACACCCUGUGUCUGUCAGAGCGUCAGAUCAAGAUCUGGUUCCAGAACCGGAGGAUGAAGUGGAAAAAGGACCACAAACUGCCCAACACCAAGAGCAGGUCCUCUUCGUCUUCCUCGUCUUCUUGCUCCUCUUCAGCUGCUCCCGGCCAGCAUUUGCAGCCAGUGGCCAAGGACCACCACACGGACCUGACGACCCUAUAG